UUACUUCUUUAGCACGUUGAUAUCGGGUCGAAUUUUUACGAAUUUAGGUCAGCUCAUUUUCUUAUGUCUGUUGACCUGAAUCAAGGACGCAUCAGUGGAGGUGCAUCAUCUACACAGGCGGUGCUCAUUAGGAAAUGCAGACACUGCUCAGACUGGCAGCAGUAGCAGUCCCUAUGGGUUUACUGCUCUCCAGAACCAUGGCGUGGAUAUCUAGUGGCAAAACUCAUGUAGAACUCAUCACACGUUUAAGAGAUCAUGGGGUUAUCCGAAGUGAUCGAGUGUUUAAUGCCAUGCUUGCCACUGAUAGAGGGAUUUAUUCCAGAGACCACCCUUAUGCUGACUCUCCCCAGUCCAUAGGAUACAAGGCUACCAUCAGUGCCCCUCAUAUGCACGCUCAUGCCCUUGAGGUACUCAGUGACAAGUUAACAGAAGGAGCCUCAGCCUUAGAUGUGGGCUCAGGAAGUGGAUAUCUUACUGCGUGCUUCGGCAGAAUGGUAGGGCCCUCUGGAAAAGUGGUGGGAAUUGACCACAUAGAAGAGCUGGUGCAAGCCUCUGUGAAAAAUGUCCAGGCAGAUGAUCCAGAGUUGCUUGCCUCUGGACAAAUUAAACUAGUGGUGGGAGACGGACGGUUUGGUUUUCCUGACGAAGGCCCCUAUGAUGCCAUUCACGUUGGAGCAGCUGCUCCUACACUCCCUAAAGCUCUCCUGGAGCAGUUGAAACCAGGUGGUAGACUAGUUUUGCCUGUGGGCCCAGAGGGUGGAAGCCAAGUUCUCGAGCAGUAUGACCGACAGAGUGAUGGCACUUUCCUCAGGAAAGCACUGAUGGGUGUGGUUUAUGUGCCACUGACAGACAAACACCACCAGUGGCCACAUGAUGAGCUCUGAUUGCAGUAUCGUUGCCCCUGCAGGAGAUGGCGCUGGUGCUGUGGUUCAGCAAGCCCUUAAGACUGAGAAAAGGCCUCUCAUCCCAACUCACCCUGCUGCUUAGCAACAUGCUUGUCUGGAUCAUUCUGAUUCUUACAACUAAAGUGCAAAUGCAGCAUUUGCCAGAGGAAAGAAAUUAAUGCACUCAUCUGAAGGUUUCUGAGGUGAUGACCAUUCUCCUACCUAAACUCAAGGACUGAAGGAUUUGGAUAGGAAGGCUUCUUAUCUAAGACUUGUGUGAUCUUGGUAUGCUUCAUAAAUUGUCAUAUGUUCAGCUUUAACAUACAAUACAGCAAGAGGAGUAAUGCAAAUAGAAAAGACCUUGAAGUUUAACCGCUCCCAUGCUACUUUUGUCAAAUAAAUAAUUGUAUGUGUAAUUACCAUGAAGUUAUAUGCCAAGGCUUUAAUAUAUAGGAAACAUAGCCUAUACUUUAAAUAAUUAAAAUCAAGAAUGAGUUUAAAACUUAUUCUCUAAAAACUGUUUCCUCUUUUUACAUGCAUUCUUGCAUUUUUUGAAAGUGUAAUUAGAUUUUCAGUUAAGGUGUUGCUGUUGUCUAAUCUGAUCUUUAAAUACUGUAUUAAUCUACAUGCAAUUAAAUGUAUAAAAACUGUAAUGCCUUGAAUUUUUUAUGAACCAAUAAAGAUAUCAAAAUACU